AAUCUGAAUUCACUCUCUCUAUACCUCUGAGAAAAGAUACUAUGGGGGGCGGUGGCUGCAGUUUCUCCGCCGAUAACAUCGUCAAAAAGUCUCCGAACGACCGGCGGCUGUACCGAGUAAUCCAGCUUGACAAUGGCCUCUCCGCAUUGCUCGUCCACGAUCCCGAGAUUUACCCCGACGGGCCUCCCGACCACAAGAACAGCGAGGCCGAAGAUAUGGAAUGCGAGGACGAUGGCGAUGGAGACGAGACCGAGGACGGCAGUGAGGAAGAAGAGGAUGAGGACGAUGAGGAAGAAGACGACGAAGACGACGAAGCUGAAGAAGGUGAAGAUGAUGAGCAGGAGGAUGGGGGCGAUGAAGGGAAAGGGAAAGGAAAGGGAGGUGCUUCCCAGACUAAGAAGGCGGCUGCUGCAAUGUGUGUGGGAAUGGGCAGCUUCUCUGACCCUUUUGAGGCGCAAGGGCUCGCACACUUUCUUGAACAUAUGCUCUUCAUGGGGAGCAAGGAAUUUCCCGAUGAAAAUGAGUAUGAUAGUUAUUUGUCCAAGCAUGGAGGGUCAUCAAACGCGUAUACAGAAACGGAGCAUACCUGCUACCAUUUUGAAGUGAAACGGGAGUUCCUUAAGGGUGCCUUAAGAAGAUUUUCUCAGUUCUUUGUUUCACCUUUAGUAAAAAUGGAAGCAAUGGAACGAGAAGUCCAGGCUGUAGAUUCAGAGUUUAACCAGGUUUUGCAAAGUGAUGCUUGCCGUCUGCAACAACUUCAGUGCCAUACGGCAUCACCUGGUCACCCUUUUAACAGAUUUUUUUGGGGGAAUAAGAAGAGCCUGGUUGAUGCGAUGGAGAAAGGGAUUAACUUGCGGAAACAAAUAUUGAACUUGUACAAAGAUUUUUACCAUGGUGGAUUAAUGAAGCUAGUCGUCAUUGGUGGAGAAUCACUUGAUGUUCUUGAGAAUUGGGUUGUGGAAUUAUUUGGUAACAUUAGAAAGGGCCCCCGGAUAAAUCCAGAGUUCAAAGUGGAAGGUCCUUUUUGGAAACCAGGAAAAGUUUAUAGGCUAGAGGCUGUUAAAGAUGUUCAUAUUCUCGACUUAACUUGGACAUUGCCAUGUCUUCGUCAAGAGUAUUUGAAGAAACCAGAAGAUUAUAUGGCGCAUCUCCUUGGGCAUGAGGGUAGAGGUAGUUUGCUUUCCUUUCUCAAGGCUAGAGGUUGGACAACAUCUCUGUCUGCUGGUGUUGGGGAUGAAGGAAUGCACCACUCUUCUAUCGCGUAUAUCUUUGGGAUGUCCAUGCGCCUCACUGACUCUGGCUUGGAAAAGAUAUUCGAGAUCAUUGGUUUUGUUUAUCAAUAUCUUAAGUUAAUGCGACAAGUUUCUCCACAAGAAUGGAUAUUUAAGGAACUCCAAGAGAUUGGAAACAUGGAAUUUAGAUUUGCAGAAGAGCAGCCGCAGGAUGAUUAUGCUGCAGAACUUGCAGAGAAUUUACUAUUUUAUCCUGCAGAGCAUGUUAUUUAUGGAGACUAUGUAUACAAUAUAUGGGAUGAGGAACUAUUAAAAUAUGUCCUUGACUUCUUCAGACCUGAAAACAUGAGGAUUGAUGUGGUAUCAAAGUCCUUUAAUUCAAAAGCAUGCCAAGUUGAGCCUUGGUUUGGGUCGCACUAUAUUGAGGAAGAUAUUUCUUCUUCUCUGAUGGAUAUUUGGAAGGACCCUCCUGAAAUUGAUGUUUCAUUACAUCUGCCUUCAAAAAAUGAGUUUAUUCCUUCUGAUUUUUCCAUCCAUGCCGAUAAUGAUUUAAACAAUCAUGCAACUGUAUCUUCUCCGAGAUGCAUACUUGAUGAGCCAUUAAUAAAGUUCUGGUACAAGCUUGAUAGCACUUUCAAACUUCCUCGUGCAAAUACAUAUUUUAGGAUCAACUUGAAGGGUGGAUAUGACAAUGUAAAGAAUUGUGUAUUAACGGAACUGUUUAUUCUCCUUCUUAAGGACGAGCUGAAUGAGAUUAUAUAUCAGGCCAGCAUUGCCAAGUUGGAAACUUCUGUAUCUGUUUUUAGUGAUAAGCUGGAGCUGAAGAUCUAUGGUUUCAACAAUAAGCUUCCUGUUCUCCUGUCCAAACUUCUGGCAAGAGCCAAAAGUUUCUUGCCAACUGAAGAUCGAUUCGAAGUGAUUAGAGAAGAUAUGAAAAGAACAUUGAAGAACACUAAUAUGAAGCCUCUGAGUCAUUCAUCAUAUUUGAGAUUGCAAAUUUUGUGUCAGAGUUUUUACGAUGUCGAUGAGAAGCUUCAGUUUUUAGAGCGGUUGUCUGUUAAUGAUCUGAAGGCAUUUAUUCCCGAGUGUCGUUCCCAGCUGUACGUGGAGGGAAUUUGCCAUGGUAAUUUAUUAGAAGAAGAAGCAAUUGCAAUCUCAAAUAUAUUCAAGACGACUUUUUCUGCACAACCUCUUCCGUAUGAAAUGAGGCACAAAGAAUAUGUCAUCUGUCUUUCUGCUGGUGCUAACCUUGUUAGAGAUGUCAAUGUGAAGAAUAAGAUGGAAAAGAACUCAGUUAUUGAGCGUUAUUUUCAAGUUGAGCAGGAUCUGGGUAUGGAUUCCAUUAAACUGAAAGCAUUGAUAGACCUCUUUAAUGAAAUAGUGGAAGAACCAAUGUUUAAUCAGCUAAGAACAAAGGAGCAGCUGGGUUAUGUUGUCGAAUGUAGCCCACGGAUAACAUACCGUGUUUUUGGAUUUUGUUUUUGUGUCCAAUCAUCCGAGUGCAGCCCAAUCUAUUUGCAAGAGAGAGUUGAUAAUUUCAUAUGUGGUCUUGAAGAAUUAUUGGAAGGGCUUGACGAUAAUUCCUUCGAGAAUUAUAAAGGUGGUUUAAUGGCAAAGCUAUUGGAGAAAGAUCCAUCCCUUUCAUACGAAACCAACCGUCUGUGGAAUCAGAUUGUUGAUAAAAGAUACAUCUUUGACUUGUCAAAGAAAGAAGCUGAGGAACUAGAAAGCAUCCAAAAGAAUGAUGUUGUCAACUGGUACAAAACGUAUCUGCAACAAUCAUCUCCCAAGUGUCGGAGGCUCGCAGUUAGGGUGUGGGGUUGCAACACAGACUUGAAAGAGGUGGAGAUGCGACCGGAGCCUGAGCAAGUCAUUAAAGACCUUGUAUUUUUUAAGAUGUCGUCUAGGUUCUAUCCAAGCAUUUGUUGACAAUGACGGCCAUUAUCAACAUGUGCUGCGAAUUAUUAUGUCUCAGCGGUUGGAAGAUCUUGAUUUUGACUGGGGUCGAGUUCGUUCAGAGCAUUAUUUCAAGCACGAAAAAUUUGAGAUUUAUAGAUACAUUUUCGUUUGUAUCACAUUGAUAUAAAACAUUUUUGCAAGUCACUAAUAAAGUGAACGGUUGU